AUGGUGAAUACUUCUGAAGAGAACAAUUCCAACGCAGUUAUGCCAAGAAAAUUUCAAGGAGGAAUGAAUCAAGUGGGUCGUGGUGGUGGAAGAAUUGUUGGGCAGAACAGAAGAGCUUUGGGAGGGAUCAAUCAGAAUUUUGUGCAUGAUCGACCUUACCCUUGUGUUGUACACAAGAGGGUGUUGUCUGAAAAACAUGAGAUUUGUGAAAAGAAACAGGCUGAUCUGGGACAUAGACCCAUCACAAGGAGGUUUGCUGCACAAAUUGCUGGCUCACAGCAAUCCUAUGCUGAGAAAACUAAGAAUUCAAAUCCAUUGAAUUCGAAUGAGUUUGGAAACUCCAUAGCCGUUGAUGAUGAACUCAAGUCACCAGAAGACCAACCAGAGCCUAUGACUUUGGAGCAUACUGAACCAAUGCAUAGUGAUCCACUUGAGAUGGAAGAGGUUGAGAUGGAGGAUAUAGAGGGAGAGAUGAUUUUGGACAUUGAUAGCUGUGAUGCAAACAAUUCUCUUGCUGUUGUGGAGUAUAUUGAAGAUCUCCAUGCUUACUACAGAAAGAUUGAGUAUCUUGGCUGUGUUUCACCAGCCUACAUGGAUGAACAACUUGACCUCAAUGAGAGGAUGAGGGCUAUAUUAGUUGACUGGCUAAUUGAGGUUCAUGACAAAUUCGACCUCAUGCAAGAGACACUGUUUCUUACAGUUAAUCUCAUAGACAGAUUCUUGGCUAAGCAGAAUGUAGUAAGAAAGAAACUUCAGCUGGUUGGUCUUGUUGCCAUGCUUUUGGCAUGCAAGUAUGAGGAAGUUUCUGUGCCUGUCGUUUCGGAUCUGAUCCAUAUCGCUGACAGAGCUUACACAAGGAAAGACAUUCUCGAAAUGGAGAAGUCGAUGCUCAACACUCUGCAGUAUAACAUGUCUCUUCCAACUGCUUAUGUUUUCAUGAGAAGGUUUCUGAAGGCUGCUCAAGCUGACAAAAAACUUGAACUGGUGGCUUUUUUCUUGGUUGAGCUUUCUCUGGUGGAAUAUGAGAUGCUGAAGUUUCCACCAUCCUUGGUUGCUGCUGCUGCUGUCUACACAGCUCAAUGCACUGUCAGUGGUUUCAAACACUGGAACAAGACAUGCGAGUGGCACACCAACUACUCGGAAGAUCAGCUGUUAGAGUGCUCUAUGCUGAUGGUUGGAUUCCACCAGAAAGCCGGAGCCGGGAAACUGACAGGAGUACAUAGGAAGUAUGGCUCAGCAAAAUUUAGCUUCACUGCUAAAUGUGAACCAGCAUGUUUUCUUCUGGAGAACAAGAACCAGCCAUAG